AUGGACUUUUUAUGGACAAAUCUUCCUCCAGUGACAAAGGGCUGGUGCGUGGCGUCGAUGACCAUAUCGACACUUGUCACCAUGGACAAAUUGAAAUCUGUAAAUCUAUGGUUCAUACCGGGCAAAAUAUACAACCAGAACCAAACAUGGCGACUAAUAACUUCAUUUGUGACAUUUGGCGAUCUCAGUAUGGGAUUUGUUUUCCAAUUGUGGAUCAUUUCUUCUUCGUGUCGAGCGAUAGAAAGUCUUUACCAAACAAAGUUUACCCAAUUUCCGUUAUACAUUGUUGACGAUUUGUCUAGAGAGCAAUUGGGUAUUUUGAGACAAUUGAUUGAAAGAAACAGGUCGAUUGACUUCUUGUACUUUAUUAUGCAAAUAUGCGUGUCAAUCAUUGUUUGUGCCACGAUACUUUUUUACAAGAUGGGUAUACUUUUACCUCAAUUGGGACUCGUUUUGAUUCUGGUGUUUCAAUAUUAUAACUCCAAGUUGACACCAUUGGAAAUGGUUAAUUUUUUUGGAUUUCAGUUUAGAAAUAUGUACCAUCCAUAUUUUGUGGCACUCGUUAAUUUGUUAGUGAGUAGUGCAGGGGCUGGACAGAACUCUGAACCAAACCAGAAUCGAAGUGGUAACUUUGGUCGUAUCGCGUUGUGGAGUAUAGAGUCAGUAUUGAGAAACCCGCAAAUAUGGUUUUAUUUUAUCAGUUUUGGCUUGGGCCAUCUUUGGUGGUGCACUAGGGAAGUCAUUUUAGGAAGUAUGCAUUACAACGAUGCAGGAGAUGCAACGAGUCUAGAUGUUGAUGAAAGAAGUAGAAGAAUCAAGAGGAGACAAUUGCUCAAACAGAAUGGUGUUUGGAAAUUUGAUUUGGUGAAGGAGGCGUUGGUGAUUUUGAUGUUGCCUCCAUGGUACUGGAUUAUGUUGUCGAAAAUAAAGCAGCAACGGCCACUUGGGAAUCGUCGUCAACGUCCGAUGCCUAUUGAACUAGAGGAUGCCCUACAGGAGGAUUUGGGAGAGCGUGUCGAGGAAGAUGGUGAAAAUGCAGACGACUUAGUCGAUGAACAUCAAGAGGGGAAUGUCAUGCAGAAUUUACCACAAGUGGAUUGA